AGCUACACAUCUGUCAGACGUCUCAGCAGAUUACACGUCUCUGCAUCUGACUCAUUAGUUAUAGGUAGUCCAGGUUAAUUUAUGCACAAUUUUCUAUCAUUAUCCACGUUGAAUUUAAAAAGAAGAGAUGUCGGAAGAAAGAAUAGACUUCGUUGUACUUGGUGCCAGUGGAUUUACUGGACAGUUUGUAGUGGAUGAAGUUGCCAGAGUGAUAGAAGAGGAAGGAGGAAAUCUCAAAAUGGCUGUUGCAGGCAGGUCGAUGGAAAAACUGCAGAAAGUUCUUUCAGAGUCAUCACAGAGGACAGGUUUAAAUCUAGAAGAGAAGCCUAUCAUUAUUUGUGAUGUGACCAGUGAAGAGUCAUUAGCAGAGAUGAGUAAGCAAGCCAAAGUUGUUCUCAACUGUGUUGGCCCUUAUCGGUUUUAUGGUGAACAAGUUGUAAAAGCCUGCAUUGAGAAUGGUGCCCAUCAUUUAGAUAUUAGUGGGGAACCACAGUAUCUAGAACGUAUGCAGUUACUGUACAGUGGUAAGGCGAGAGAGGAGGAUAUAUAUGUUGUUGGUGCCUGUGGCUUUGACAGUGUACCCAGCGACAUGGGUGUGGCCUUUCUUACAGAAAAAUUUGACGGUGAUCUGAAUUCGGUAGAAUUUUUUGUCACCCUACAUCCAGGACCUGAUGGUCUGUCUGGGAACAUCACAACAUUGGAGAGUGCACUACAUGGAAUUGCUCAUGCAGGAGAACUAAAACCUUUGAGAAAAACACUUUUCCCAACUCCCCUUCCACAGAGUCAGUACAAACUUCAGCCUAAAUCUGCUGGUUUCAACAAGGACAUUGGUCAUUGGUGCUUGAACUUCCCCGGCAGUGAUAGAGCCAUAGUUAACAGAAGUGUCAGAUUUGAUUAUGAGGUCAACCAAAAAAGACCUUUUCAAGUUGGUGCAUACAUUCAGCUGCCCAGUUUUUUCUACAUGGUGCUGACAGUUAUUUUUGGUUUUAUCAUUGGACUGAUGGCAAAAUUCAGCAUUGGUAGAUCUCUUGUUCUGAAGUAUCCACAGAUAUUUACAUUUGGUGUGUUCAAACAUGGAGGACCAUCAAAGAAACAGAUAGAGUCCUCUGGUUUCAGUAUCACUUUGAUAGGUAAGGGAUGGAAGGACAAGCUGACUGAUGUUGAUAGCCAGCAUGACACCCCACCAGACAGCAAGAUUACUGUGCGAGUUUCAGGCCCAGAGGCUGGCUAUGUCACAACACCUAUCGCAAUGGUUCAGUGUGCUCUUACCCUCCUAAAGGAAGUUUCCAAGGACAAGAUGAGCGGAGGAGUUUAUACAACAGCUGCUUUAUUUCGGGGUACCAGUCUGAUUGACAGGCUUACCAAACACAACCUCAAGUACGAGGUCGUCACUGAACAAGGACCAAUUUAGGAACCAGUCAAAAACAAGGCCCAGCAUUGCAAACAUGUCAAGAGAAUAGACAGAAUCGGGGGUUUAUAAAAUGUGGCAUGAUUUUCUGUUUGGGGUACAUACCGAGACAAGAGGGUGUUUUACAUAGACUUUGGUGAUUAUUUAGUAUUGUCAGCGCUUUAGUUGCAGCAAGGUACAUAACGCUGUAUAAACUGUAGCGUCUAUUUGUAAUAAGUGAGAUUAUACUAAUCUACAUGUAAAAUAAGAAUUUGGACCAUUUGGAAAAUCAGGCUUUUCUCUGAGCAAAAUAUUAAAAUUCUGGUUUCAGACAAGUGGUCAAGAAUCAUUCAAAAAAAAUUUUUGAAGUACUGAUUUUCAGAGAUUUUUCAGAAUUUUAUUUUAUUUUAACCUACAUAGUUUAAAUUUUCAAUGAUAUACACAUGGAUUAGCCUGGUUUUUCUGUUUAUUGAGCUUUAAGCAAACAGCAUUUUUCAUUGUUUACUCUUUUUAGCUCACCUGAGCACAAAGUGCUCAUGUUGAGUUUUACAGAUCAUUGGCUGUUCAUCGUCCAUCUGUUAUACGUCCCUCGUCAACAAUUUCUUUAGGAACAUCUCUUGCUAUGCCAGUUUGAACCAAACUUUACAGGAAUAUUCCUUCUUGAAGAUUCCUUCAAAUCUAGGUCUUCAAUGCAGCAUUGAAACCAAAAGGAAAAACAUGAAAUUCUUCUCCCCAGAAACCACCGGCCUAAUCAUGAAUUAUUUUCGCAGGAAUAUUUGAAUUAUUUUCAGAGGAAUAUUUUUUGGUAACCCUCUAUAAAAUUCCUUCAGAUCAUUCUGUUUCAUUUAAAAACAUGGCCGCAAGGGGGCAGGACUUGUUAUACGCCUGAAGGGAUGUAUUAUGUUAUACCCCCAGUGUCCCAUCUGUCCAUUAGCAAUUUCCGGUCUGCUCUUAACUAUUGAAUCCUUGGAAGGAUUUCAGAGAAACUUGACACAAAUGUUCACCGUAUCAGGAAGACGUGCAGAGCGCAUGUUCUGGAUGGCUCGCUUCAAUUUCAAGGUUACUCUUGGGAAUCAAAGGUCAUAUGAGUGUGUUUCGUGUCCACUUUGUAACUCUUAACCCCCUUCAAUGAUUUCAAAGAAAUAUGACACAAAUGUUCACCACAUCGAGAUGACAUUCAGAGCGCAUGUUCUUGAUGGUUCGCUUCAAGGUCAAGGUCACACUUGGGGGUCAAUAGUCAUAUGAGUGUGUUUCAUGUCCCUGUGUAACUCUUGAAGGAUUGUAAAGAAACUUGGCACAUAUGUUCACCACAUAAUGACGACAUGCAGAGUGCAUGUUCUGGCAUGCUUUGAAGUCAAGGUCACACUUAGGGGUCAAAGGUCAUAGCUCUGUAACUCAUGAACCCCAUGAAGGAUUUCGAAGAAACUUGACAUAAAUGUUCACCACAUCGACAUGGUAUGCAGAGCUCAUGUUUUGGAUGGCUAGCUGCAAGGUCAAGGUUACACUUAGUGGUCAAAGGUCAUACCUUCAGGCGUAUAUUGCUCCACAUUGCGGUGCUCUUGUUUUCCCUGUAAUAUGGAUAACUUUGAAAGUCUUCUUCUCAGAAACUGUUGACUCUGUUUCAAAAUAAUUUUACAGAAAGUUCCUUGGGUAACCCUCUAGCAAAUUCCUCCAAAGCAUUAUUUCGUUAAAAAACAUGGACAACAGGGACGGGACUAGUUUUCCCAUAUGGUUAUAUGGCUGGGCUGAUUUCAAAUUGACAGAAAUUUUUCUUGGAUGACCUCUGCCAAAUUCCUUCAAAUAAUUCUCUUUCAUUUAAAAAAAAACGUAGCCUCCUGGCAAGGCUUGUUUUCCCUAUUUUGCUUUUUUUUCUCUUUUGAAACUGCAGGUUUGAUUUCAAAAUAGUUUCACAGCAGUGUUCUUUGGGCGAACCUCUGCUAAAUUCCUUCAUAUGGCUUUGUUUUAUGUAAAAACAUUGUCUCAAGGGGGUGAGGCAAGUUUUCCCUGUAUGGCUAUUGUAAAACUUUGAAAAUCUAUUCAUCUGAAACCGCUGGCCUGUUUUUAAGAUAAUUUCACAGUAUUUUUCUUUGUUCCAGAAGUAUUUAAUCUAGCUGUGAAUGUCAGGUGAGCGAUCUUGGCCGUCAAGGCCCUCUUAUUUCAUUGGUGCAUCCUUGUUCUUCUUGUCAACUUGUGCUUUCAAAGUUUUGUACAUAGUGAAAAAUGUAUUUUUGUAUCCAAAUCUUAUAUCUUAUUUAUUGACCACAAUGUUACUACUUACUUUUGUUUGUGUAUAAAUAUACAAAAAAAGGAAAAAAAGUUCAAUCUACAUUUUUCUGUGAUUUUUAAUAGAAAAGAUGAGAGAGUCUUGCAUAUUGGAAUGUUUGGUGAUCAAAAACUGAUGCACAAAAUGAGUUUGAAAAGUUUGUGUUUUAUUCAGUUUAUUCUAUUAACAAGAGAUUGUUACAGUAUAGUUGUUAAGGAUUGAAUUAAUUUUACAGGUCUGUGGUAAAAAUAAAAGAAAGGAGGCUCAAUUUUGUAGGGAUUGCUUUAUUUUCUGUUUCUUUUGAAAUGUGUGGGUAUUUAAUAUUUUUGGUCAAAGUAGAGUAGCAAUUUAAACUAGGAUUAAAUCCAAGUAUUAAAUGAAAUCCUUAGCAGAAUACAACUAACAGUGUUAAGCUAGCAAACAGACUGUAUUCAUAAGUUAUUUUCCUGUUUCAAUAUACCUCCACAAAGUUUUUGGGGGAAAUAAAGGAGUGAGCUUGUCGGUCAGUCAGUUGGCUCAUGAUUUCCAGACAAUAACUCCUGAAAGGCUUGGCAGAUUUUAAGAAAUUUUGGUACACAGGUGUAACAUAAUAAAAUACAGGUCAAGUUCGCCUUUGCCUACAAACCACCGAUUUUUUACAUAGUUAUGGCUUCUUUCCAACUUAAAAUUUGCCAUACUUCUGUGACAAGGCCGUAUUGUUCGGCUAUUAUUCGCCACUCCUGUUACAGUUCUAGUUUAUGAUAAGACCAGUAUUUGAUUACGUCUUUGACCUUGGGACAUAUCAGUUUUGAAAUAUUUGUAUGUGAGAGUCUUAUGAAAUGUUGGAUUCAAAAUGUUAUACUGACUUUCUUACAGCUGUGAUUUUAUUGGAAGUAACUUAUUUAUGCAUAAAAUAACCAAUGUAUAUAAGCAUGAGCAUUGCCACAUUUUGCUUUAUUUAUGCUAGCUAUGUAUACUUUUACUGUGUAGUCGAGUGAAUAAAACUGACAAAAUUUAAGGCUAUGACAAGGAAUUAAGUUAUCAUAAGAACUAUGUAUACUGUAUAUCAUGGCUAUAAAAUAUCAUAACAGUGUACAGUGUAGGUCAUGAGAAAAUGUUGUCAAGAAAACUAUGUAUACUGUUUGUCAUGGCUAUGGAAUAAGUUAUCAAAUAUGUAGAAGAUAAGGAAAAAAAAACACAUGUUCAGCUUGUAAGUCAGUAGUCAACCCUGAGAAGCAGCAAAAAUAUUCGAACAUUUUGGCGACCUUAAUGUUAUUUUUACUGAAUUGUAUUAUUUAUUUCACCAUGUCUGCAAAUUUUACAAGUAUUUGUUUAGGAAAUUACUUCUAUUAUUUUUGCAUAACUAUUAUGUUUUAUUUUGUUGCAUUCAAUUUAUUUAAUGUUACCUUUGCAUUUUUUAUUACUUUUUAAGGCUUUAGUUGUAUACAUUAUUAUGAUAAUAAAAUGAUGAAACUGAA